UCUUCGUUCUUCCUUCUUCUUACUCACACAGAUGGGUAUGGCUCUCUGACCACUCUCGCUCUCACAUGCCUUUGUUCUUGUGUGGGUGGUGUAUUGAGUGGUAUGAGCCAAGUUUGAACCUUUUGGUCUGCUUUUGAUUUUCUCUCUCCGAUCCGGGGUGUGUAUGAUUUACACCUUUUUGGUUGAGCUUGAAGAGGAAGUUGAGAUUGAGGAGGAAGAUUGCAACUUCAUCAUGGGCUUUGAUUUGGUGAUGAUAGCGAUGGUGGUGUAGUGCUAGUGGUGGUGGCGAACUGGAAGAACAAAGGGUGGGCCUUUUUUGACCGUGGAAAAACAAAAGGGGAGGUUUAGCUGCGGAUAAAGCAAAAGAGUGAGAAAAGAUAACCAAUUUGCUUGUAAUUGUCAAAUAUGGACUCUCUUUUUUUGUUGUUGCUGCCCCAAUCCUUUAUGGGACUCAUUGCUCUUGUUCAGCUAGAUUUUUAGUUAUUGAGCUUGUGUCAGGAUUUUGGGUGUCUCCCUUGUUUGAUUUAGCUUGGUUAGAAAAUGCCGAUGUAUCAGCCCAACGGUCCGAGAAGGGCGGCGGAUCUGAAGUUCGAUGUGGGCGGAGGCGGGCAGGUUCUGGAUCUGGAGACAGCUGUGAAAGAUGGGAUUCUCGGCGGCGGAGGUGGGUUGGUCUGCGGCGGCGUUGGGGCGGAGAAGUUGGAUCUGAAGAAGAUGAUAGAAGAGCUGGAGUCGAUUGAGAUACCCUCGGUGUUCAUUUGCCCAAUCUCUUUGGAGCCAAUGCAAGACCCUGUGACGCUUUGCACGGGCCAGACGUAUGAGAGAUCCAACAUUCUCAAAUGGUUCAGCUUGGGGCAUUAUACUUGUCCCACCACAAUGCAGGAGCUUUGGGAUUACUCGGUUACACCCAACAAGACCCUGCACCAGCUGAUCCACAGCUGGUUUUCGCAGAAGUACUCGGCGAUGAAGAAGAGGUCCGAGGAUGUGCAGGGGAGGGCUCUGGAGAUUUUGGAGACAUUGAAGAAGGUGAAGGGGCAGGCUAGAGUGCAAGCCCUUAAGGAGCUGAGGCAGGUAGUGACGGCUCAUUCUUCGGCUAAGAACACGGUUGUGGACAAUGGAGGCACUGCUUUGAUUUCUUCUUUGUUGGGCCCUUUUACUUCGCACGCUGUUGGGUCCGAAGCGAUUGGGACCCUUGUGCAUUUGGAGCUCAGUUCUGAGUCCAAGACGUGUCUGAUGCAACCGGCAAAGAUUUCGUUGAUGGUUGAUAUGUUGAAUGAGGGGUCUAUUGAAACCAAGAUCAAUUGUACGAGAUUGAUUGAUGUAUUGAUGGAGGGUAGGGAUUUGGAGUCAGAAAUCGCAUCGAGUUUGAGUCUUGUUGUUGGAUUGUUGAGGCUAGUGAGAGAUAAGAGGCAUACGAAAGGGGUGUUGCCCGGACUCAGUUUGUUGAAGACAAUUUGUUCUCACGAGUCUGUCAGGAGCUCGGUUGUGAGUGUUGGGACAGUUCCUCAGUUGGUUGAGCUGUUGCCGAGCUUGAAUCACGAGUGUUUGGAGAUAGCGCUUCACAUCCUAGAAGUUUUGUCUACUGUUGAAGAAGGAACAGAGGCUUUGAGAUGUUGCGCCAAGACGAUCCCAAGUGUGGUGGGACUAUUGAUGAAGGUUUCGGAGACAUGUACGCAGCUUGCAUUGUCGAUUUUGUGGGCUGUUUGCAAGCUCGCUCCAGAGGAAUGCGCCUCCGUCGCAGUUGAAGCAGGUCUAGCAGCGAAACUGCUUCUCGUGAUUCAGAGUGGAUGCAAUCCUACACUUAAGCAAAGGGCUGCCGAGCUUUUGAAGUUGUGUAGUCUAAAUUACACCACCACUACAUUCAUUUCCAAAUGCAAGCUUACCAGAACAAUACAGUGAAGUGAAAAAAAAAUUGGUGCACCGCCACUUUGUUAAUAUACUUCAUUCUCACAAUUUUGCUUUUUACCAACGGAUAAAGAAGCCAAAGAGCUUAUGGGAUCCAAGAAAAUUCAAGACUAAAAGCCAAUUGGUGUUUCUGAGGUACCCUUCUUUCCUGUGUAUACUAGAAAUCUUUGAUUGUAUUGGAACAAUUGUAACCACCACCAAAAAAGAAUCACAAUUUCAUAACGUGGAUGGAUAAAUUGGGCACCCUAUUGCAGUUUUCAUUAUUACAAUUCCACUGUGUAUAAGCUUUUCACUUUGCAGUUUUGUGUAUCCAUCAGUCUCUCUGCCAUUGUGGAGAUUUCCUUCUCUUUCUGAAUUGGAAAUUUUCUCCAUUGUAGAGUUGGCAGUUUCAGUUAAUUGGGUAUUAAUGAUGGAUACUGUAUAGGCUCAUUUGCAUCGUGUCAUUUCAGAGAUGACAAGUCGAGAAAGAUAGGGUUGCUUGUUUUUCUUUUUAAGACCUACAUUGACUGGUGGUGUA